AUGGACGACCCGAACGCCCCGUUUCAGGGCUAUCAAUAUCAACCACCGCCAUCACAUCCACAACAACCGUCACAGCAGCAGCAGCAGCAACAGCCGCAACAGAGUUUGUACAACUUCGUGCAAGCUCAAAACCUCCAGUCUAGCAACAACCACUACUUUACUGGGCUACCUGAGCCCAAUACAAGCUCAGAAAUGCAAAAACGCAGUCUGAGUCAUAGCUCAAGGCUUGAUGGACGACAAGCUUCAAACGAAAAUGUCGUCCCAUCCGCUCAGUCCGCCCGGAAGAAGCCGGCAGGAAUAGGCCAGAGCAGGAAGCUGAGUGCGUUGGAAAAGCUUGCGUCUACUGUCGCCGAAGUCAUAUGGUCUGUGAAGGCGGAAGGCCUUGUGAAAGAUGGUAGGUCCUCUUUGACCAUCAAAAGAGAGAUUGCGCAUCUCUGUCGAGACUGCUCCCCGCCUCCUCACAGUCACGGACAUAACGAUGAGCAGAAACCCGAACCUCAGCAAUCCCAGUCCCAUCAAAGGGUCCCUCAACCACCAGGCCCUCCACCCACGUCACAAGCGCCCGUCUAUCCCGAGUCCAACUUCCCCCCCUCUUGGCCUCUACUUCCAGAAGCCAAUGGAAAUCAGGUACCAUUCGGCGAAGCCCCAGAGAGGUUACAGAGCAUCAAUGAUGCAGCAGGACUCAUGGGUCCUCCCGCUACCACCUGGGGAACUACUGCCACGAAAGAGGAGGGCGAAUUAGCUGCGUUAAAUAAAUUCAUGAAAGACCUGGGCGUCCCCAAUCUACCGAAUGAUUUCUUGUCGUUCAUGAAUCAGCUGGAUAAUCCCACGACGGCCAACAACCUUACUGUUCCCAGCACCUCGAGCGGCUUGCCGGAUAUCCCAUCGCAAUCCGCCCCUGGACAACCUCGUGGACUGGAUAAAGGGAAAGGGAAAGAAAUGUCGAGAGUCGACAAAUACCUCAUGGCUGCUGCGGAUCAACCCAAUGGCACUCGAGCGUCCCGUCUCGCACAGGUCAUCAAGGCCAAGUACGAUGCCGGCUUGCUCAAACCUUACGAUUAUGUCAAAGGUUACGAGAGGAUGAAUAAGUGGAUGGAGAGCGGAAGAGCGGCACCAAAGAUGGAAAGCAGGGCGGGGAGCGAGAUCCCUGAGAGUCCACAUCAGAAGGGUGUCAACAGGAACGGGAUGUUGUCCAUCGCUUCGAUCCCAGCUCCUGUCUUUGGCAAGAGCAUAUCUCCCGAAUCCCGUCGACGAAUCUUGGCUGCGCUCGCAGGCUUCCGGCCAAAAUUCCGACAGAUCGCCAGAACCCUGACCAAUGUCGACCUGGUAUUUGUUGAGGAGGCUAUGGAAAGAUGGAUGUUGGAGUAUGACAGAGCUCUUGCUUCUAUACACACCCCAUCCUGCAUUUGGCGACGGACUGGUGAAAUCCAAAAGGCCAAUCAAGAGUUUUCCAACCUCACAGGGAUCCCCGCAUCCAUGUUCCGUGAUGGACAGCUUUGCGUCUACGAACUCAUGGACGAGGAUAGUGCCGUAAGAUACUGGGAAGGAUACGCCAAGAUUGCAUUUGACCCAAGCCAACGAUCAUUUUCCAUUCCGUGUACUCUCCAUAUCCCUCUUUCUCUCGCUCGACACCGUCCUCGACACCUUUCCGCCGUUCCUCUGCCAGCACCUUCCAAGUCAGCCGCUUCGGCCCCACCUUCCUUGAACGUCCCCGACUUGGCUCUUCCCCAACAGGGAAUUUACGCCGAAAGCCCUGGUCCCAGUGAGGGCGUGGACAGAGGGGUCAACAGCAUUGGCAGGGAAGAACAGUUCAGGGAGAUGCAGUGUAUGUUCAGCGUCACCAUUCGAAGAGAUGCGUGGGGUGUACCCGUAGCCAUCAUGGGACAAUGGAUCGUAAGUGAUUGCUUCUCGAAUCUAGCGGGGCUAACCGUCAUCCCCCAGCCUAUUCAAUAA